GGGGCGUAAAAGGCGCCACGCGUGGCCGCCUUCUCCCACGGGCCUCUUCUGUGCCAUUGCAAGGCGGCUGUCCCGAGCGCGCUGCGCCCGGGGGAGGAAGAGUUAAAGCGGUGAGCGGUGUGUGUGGCGGCGGCGGCGGCGUUUUCUUCCCCCUUCCUCCCCUCUCCCCCUCCGCGAUACUGAGAAGCUCGCCGAGAGUGAGGAAGCUGGAUUGGAACAAGGAGGCAACGCGCAGAGAGGAGGUGUGGGGAGGGGGCGCUUCUCCACCGCGCCCGCAGAGUUUGCCCGGGCCAAAGAACCGCGCAGUCCAGGCAGGAUAACAUAGUUUCAACAUAUAGCAAUUUUCCUCAGGGAUGUCCAACGUACACAUAAAUUACAGCUGAGACAGAUUCAUUAUCCAGGCUGCAGCAGGACUCGUUAUCAGCACAAGACCUGAGAGGAAAAAAAAACUUCAGAACAAAACUUGCAAAGAAAGUCCUGCUUUCCAAGACUGACUGGCCUAUUGACAUUGGUGUCUACCUCCAGCAUUUCAGGCCUGGCUGUGCAUAUACAGGGCAUCCUCUUGAAGACAUCUCUAGCCAUUCUGGAUAGGAAUGGUUCCCCUCCCACAGGAGGCAGCAUCCCUUGGGCAUCACGGCACUCCUUGCGUGCUCCCUCUGGGGACCCUGGGCUCUCCCUGUGGCCAUAUUUGCCUCCCAAUCUACUCCUGCCUUGUAGAUGUGGAGUUUCAGUGGCCCAGGAAGUAAGGCCUUCUACCUGCCUCAGGCCAAACGCUACAGAUCUCUGGGGUGCUGUGUAGAAGGCCGGCAUGCCAAGACACUGGCCCAUUGCCAUGUCUGCCUCCUGAGAUGCCAGGCUGUGGGGCAAAAUGGAAGCUGCCAGUGUCAAAUCCUUCUUCUGGGAGGCUUUCCCGCCACUGCCUACCUGUCGGGUUUACUGCAGCUCAACCUACCAGGAUGGACACCUCUUUGUGGUGGGUGGCUGCAGCCAGCAGGGUCAGCCCCUGGACACUGUGGAAAUGUUGGAUAUUGUUUCCCGCAAGUGGACAGCGUUGCCCCCUAUGCCCACCUCACGGGCAGGUGCUGCAGCGGUGAUGCUUGGCAAGGACGUGCUGGUAAUUGGAGGGGUGGACUCCACACAGAGCCCCCUGGCCUCAGUCGAAGUCUACCAUGCGGAUGAAGGCAAGUGGGAGAAGAAAGCAGACCUCGCCCAGGCUUCCAUGGGCAUCUCCGCUGUGGAGAAAGAUGGUGCAGUUUACGCUUUCGGUGGGAUGGGAGCAGACACCUCUCCACAAGCCGUGGUGCGAAUGUAUGAGCCAGCAAAGGAUCAUUGGCAGCUCUUGCCUUCUAUGCCCACACCUAGCUAUGGGGCUUCUAUUUUCUUGCAUGGGAACAAGAUCUACGUGAUGGGAGGAAGGCAAGCCAAGCUGCCCGUAACAGCCUUUGAAGCAUUUGACCUGGAAGUGAGGAGCUGGACACGCUACCCAAAUGUGCCCAGCCGGCGUGCCUUUGCCAGUUGUGCCAUGGCUGAUGGCUGCUUUUUCAGCCUGGGAGGACUGCAGCAGCCAGGCCCUCACAACUUCUAUUCCCGACCCCACUUUGUCAACACUGUGGAGAUGUUUAACUUGGAGGAGGGGUCCUGGAGUCGACUGAACCGUGCCAUCCGCAUGAGGGACAAGAGGGCUGACUUUGUAGCUGGCCACUUGGGUGGGCGUGUGGUAGCAGCAGGUGGUCUUGGGAACCAGUCAAGUCCUCUUGCAGCUGUGGAAGGAUUUAACCUGGCAAGGAAGAAAUGGGAGCCCUUGCCAUCCAUGCCCACUGGCCGCUGUUCCUGUUCCAGUCUGGAGGCUGCCAACCUGCUCUUUGUGAUCGGAGGGGUGGCCCAAGGCCCCAGCAGUGCAGUAGAGGCUCUGUGCCUUCAGGAAGAGGUCUAGUGAUUGUCGCUUGUGGAAGGUUUCCUGCUAAUACAAGCCAAGAGGAGUAAAGUGCCUGAUGAUGGUCAGAGGACACACAUACGAGGGAGCAGGGAGGAGAGCACAUGCUUCGUCACCGACAUGGCAGCCGGCAGCAGUGACCUUUCCUUUGCUGUUCUCCAAGUAACUCAUUUCAUCUUCGCAAAGCGUAGAGUAGCUCAGAGACUGGAGCAGUCUGUCCUGUUAGGCAGGGUGAGGGUGAAGCAUCUUAGCAGCCCUCUCUGCCUGCUGAAGCAAGGUGGACUAAAUGGAGCUGACUCUCUCAGUGCCAAAGCAGGCACAGAAGGUCCUGCUCCACAGCCAUGAUUUUCUUCGUUGCGCACAGCCUUCUCUGACUCCAAAUGGAUGUGGUGAGAAUGUGGGCUGUGCUUGGUACAGGUUGAAGUGGCAAAGUGAUUGCCAACCAAAACUCAAUUCCACUCCCUUUUUGUUAUCUUUCCACCCCCGUCCACAGUUGAAAUGUAGAUUAUAAGGGUGCAGGUCUCUCCUCCUUUUCCUCUUUCUGCUUAUGCUGCUGCCAUGUACACUGAUACUGAUAGUGCUAUUAAUAACUCACAUUUUACUGCACUGCUAUAAAGCUGCCAGUGAAAGAGUGAGUGAUGACAUGGCAAACCCAAGUUGAGUUUUGGGAGACAAACACGUGGUGAAGCAAUCAUACAGCCUGAGACACAACUCCACCCACAUUCUUGCCAUGCUCAUUGGGCUGCGUGGGUUGGCCCUUAGUUGGAAAGGGCAGCACAGUUUCCUCAGCAGGCCCUGGGGAAGAGUGAAGGAAGGUGUGAUCUAAGUGGAGCAGGGACUCCAGUGCUUUGAGUCUUCAUUCCUAUGCUUGUGCUGAUGUCAGCUGCGUUGACUCUAGGAAAACUGGGUGUAGCCAUGAUGCCCUGUGAUGUGUUCCUAAUCUGGUCAGUGUCUCAUGUAGCACAUAAGGUGCCCUCUAGCUCAGUGCCUAGGAGGUGGUGUAGCACCUCAUGCCAAUAAAACCAGUGGAGUUUUUUUCCUGGC